AUGGCUGCUGACAAGCCAGCGCCUGCACUGCCGCCGCUCACAGUGAAAUUGGAUCCUACAAAGUACCCCCUUUGGUUGGCGCAGAUCAUUCCUUUCCUCAACAGCAGUGGCCUGAUGUCUUUCGUCGACGGUACCGCCAUGUGUCCUCCCGCCUUUCUUCUCGACGCCGACGGGAAACCCACCAACACGACCAAUCCCGAUUAUGACCACUGGAUUCAGAUGGACCAGUUUGUGCUUUCUUUGAUCAAUGGCUCCCUCAGCCACUUUGUUGUUGCUACUCUGGAGGGUUCUCUCUCCGCCCGUGCUACCUGGGUUGCUUUGGAGGCUCUGCUUCUUGGUGCUGAGCAGCAGGUUCCGACUCCGAUGGUCUCGGUUUCUGAUCAUAGCACCGCUGCCGCGGCGGCUUCUCCUGGCUGUGGCUUUGAUCAUGUUGCUUCAGGAGGCAAGAGGAGCGGCGGCGGCGGCGGCGGUGGCGGCGGCGGCACAACAGGUGAAGGAGUUUCAGGGAAGAAAGGCCUACCCGGGGUUAAGUUCUUCUUUCCCACCGAACAGGAACUGGUUGGCUACUUGACGAACCAAAUAGAGGGGAAGGACUCGGAAUUCAGGGACUUGAUCCCUGUAAUUGAUAAUGUCUGCGAGCGUGAGCCUCGUGAUCUGCCUGCGUUCUUCUUCAGCCAACCGGAUUACAAAUACAAAAACAGCAAGCGCUGCAACAGAAGCACAGAUGAGGGCUUUUAUAAAAGCACAGGCAAGGUUCGUGAGAUCAAGGCUGAACAAUCCCAAGCUGUGAUUGGUAAUAAGAGGAUUUUGUCUUACUACGAAGGUCGUGCGCCCCAAGCGAAGAAGACCAAGCAUGUCAUGCAUGAGUAUUCUCUCACCCAGACUAAACUGGCCCAACUGGGAGCUCAAAACAAUCAGCAGAGGGAGUUAGUUCUCUGCCACCUGACGAAUAAGUCAGCAAAAUCUGCGAAGCUGAAAGAUGAUUCAAUCUGCGGCGAUGAAUUAGCUGAACCUGCUAUUGUUGGCGAAAUCGCCUACUCUAAAGAUGUUCAAGCUGCUGCAACUGAUAUGAUUCAAGGCCCAGAUGAGCAUCUCAAAGACAAAGAUGCUCUGCUUGGCACUGAGAAUCGUAAUGAAUGCGCCGAGCCGUCCUGUGCUGAUCUUGGAGAAAAUAUGGAUUCAACCUUUCUUUCACCUGAGCAGCUAGCAGCCACAUCAGCCACCACACCCACCUCAGCCACAUCAUUUGGCGGCUUUGGUGUUGGUUCACCUGAUGGCUUCUUCCUCUCCGAUAUCGAUGAUCUAUUGAAACAGCCAUCCUGUGCUGAUCUUGGAGAAAAUAUGGAUUCAACCUUUCUUUCACCUGAGCAGCUAGCAGCCACAUCAGCCACCACACCCACCUCAGCCACAUCAUUUGGCGGCUUUGGUGUUGGUUCACCUGAUGGCUUCUUGCUCCCCGAUAUCGAUGAUAUGUUGAAACAGCCGUCCUGUGCUGAUCUUGGAGAAAAUAUGGAUUUAACCUUUCUUCCACCUGAGCAGCAAGCAGCCACAUCAGCCACCACACCCACCUCAGCCACAUCAUUUGGCGGCUUUGGUGUUGGUUCACCUGAUGGCUUCUUGCUCUCCGAUAUCGAUGAUCUUUUGAAACAGCCGUCCUGUGCUGAUCUUGGAGAAAAUAUGGAUUCAACCUUUCUUCCACCUGAGCAGCUAGCAGCCACAUCAGCCACCACACCCACCUCAGCCACAUCAUUUGGCGGCUUUGGUGCUGGUUCACCUGAUGGCUUCUUGCUCCCUGAUAUCGAUGAUCUGUUGAAAGAGCCGUUCUGUGCUGAUCAGCCACAUCAGCCACCACCCGCACCUCACCCGCAUCAGCCACCACCCGCACCUCACCCGCAUCAACCACCACCAGCACCGCAGUCACAUCAGCCACCAUCCCCAUCUCAGCCACAAAAUUACUGCUUCUCCACACUGCCGUCAGCAUUAUGCACCAAGCAGGGAAAUGUUCCGAGUCUCUAUAAUGAUGACUGCAGUAGGCAACUAUCUCCAACUGGGAACCCACCUCACCCGCAUCAACCACCACCUGCACCUCACCCACAUCAGCCACCACCCCCAUCUCAGCCGCAAAAUUACUGCUCCUCCACACUGCCGUCAGCAUUAUGCACCAAGCAGGGAAAUGUUCCCAGUCUCUAUAAUGAUGACUGCAGUAAGCAGCUAUCUCCAACUGGGAAUAACGUUUCAACUAAUUAUCACCAUGAACCGGUUAGCAACACCGCUUAUAGUAUUCAAAAUGGGGCUACUGAUGAAAGGUUUUCAGAGGUUUAUAAAAUUUCAACCAAUGAUCACAAUGAAUCAGUUAGUUCAGAGGCUUACUUUCAGCCAGAAGAAAAUUUGGGCAUUCUUCAUCCAUUUCGGCCACAGGAUUACACACUGCUGUCACCAAGGAACACAGAACUGGGAGAUUUUAUGCAUGCCAAUAACUAUAUUGACAUGCAGUGGUGAGUCGCAGUCUCCAGAUAAUCUGGAGUUUACGAUUCUUUUCCCACAGUUCUUAAAUAAUUUCAUUGGCGACCAGGAUUAUUAUCCUGUGAAGAAACAACAUACACUACUUUCAGUGACUCUAAUCUACCGGAGCCAUGGGGAGGAGUCUAUGAUAGCGAUAGUGGAGUAAGAAGUGAAAGGAACACUGAAUUACUCCAUGGAUGGGUAGAAGUUUUAUUCUGCAUUAGCUGCUGCAACAUAGAUGGUGCAACAUUUUAGUUAUAGGGGAGCAUCAGUAAACCACAAGAGGUCUUGGAAGGGUAGCACAUCACCCUUAUCUACAAAACAAAUUAGAUUUCUUUGAUGUUAUUGGAAACAUCUCCCUAAAACCAUUAGGCAAGUCCCCGAUGGGGCAUGGCAUAACAUUUCGAUUCCAAGGUCUAGCUCUAGGCUUAUUCUCUGGCUUUCGUUCCCAAGUUCUUGCUCUAGCCUUAUUCUCUGGCUUUCGUUCCCAAGUUCUUGCUCUAGCCUUGUUCUCAGGCUUUUGUUCCAGCUGUAGCCUUAUUCUCCCAAGUUCUUGCACUAGUCUUAUUCUCAGGCUUUCGUUCCCAAGUUCUUGCUCUAGCCUUACUCUCGGGCUUUCGUUCCCAAGUUCCUGCUCUAGCCUUAUUCUCAUGCUUUCGUUCCCAAGUUCCUGCUCUAGCCUUAUUCUCAGGCUUUUGUUCCAGCUGUAGCCUUAUUCUCAAUCUUUCGUUCCCAAGUUCUUGCUCUAGUCUUAUUCUCGGGCUUUUGUUCCCAAGUUCUUGCUGUAGCCUUAUUCUCAGGCUUUUGUUCCAGCUGUAGCCUUAUUCUCAGGCUUUCGUUCCAGCUGUAGCCUUAUUCUCAGGCUUUCUUUCCCAAGUUCUAGCUCUAGCCUUAUACUCAGGCUUUCAUUCCACACUAUUGUUCUGGAAGUGGCAUUAGACAGGAUCUGCUUCUACAUGGCUGCUGGAGUCUCAAUAUAUAAUACAGUGACCAGACGCUAAUGUGACGUUAUGGUUAUUGGUAUGGAAAUUUGAGAUUCCUUCCUAAAUGGAGUAGUAAUUACAAUCAUUGUAAAACUGCACGAUUAUGAUUGGUUUAAAACCUAUCACCUUCAAGCAGAAACAACAAACCCCUACAAUCAUUGUAAAACUGUGUUAUUAUGAUUGGUAUCCUUGUAAAUGUUGUUGAUUUUGUUUUUGCAAUUG